AUGGCGGACAAGAGCAGCCGGAGGAGGAGAUCUAGUAGUAUUCUCCAGGUCUAUCAUGAACCGCCCGAGCCGAUUGAGCAGCUCAGCGACCAGUCUGCUCUGCCAAACCUGAACGCAAAUUGGGUCAAUGCAAAAGGCGCGUGGACGAUACACUUCGUUAUAAUUGUGUGCCUCAAGAUUCUUUACGACAUCAUUCCCGGCGUCUCCCAGGAGACAUCGUGGACGCUGACCAACAUCACGUACAUGUUUGGCUCGUAUAUAAUGUUUCACUACGUUCGCGGAGUGCCUUUUGAGUUCAACGGAGGGGCAUACGACAAUCUUAACAUGUGGGAGCAAAUCGACGAUGGCGCUCAAUAUACCCCUGCCAAGAAGUUCCUGCUGAGCGUACCCAUCGUCCUCUUCUUAUUGAGCACACAUUACACGCACUACGAUCUCGCCUACUUUACCAUCAACUUUCUUGCUGUUGUCGCCGUCAUUAUUCCCAAGCUCCCCUUUAGCCACCGCAUGCGCGUGGGUCUGUUCUCCGGGGUACCGGAAGAUUAG